AUGGUGGCUAAUGACCGCCGCAUCACUAGCAAUUUUUACGGAACACGCGGAAACGAAAAUGAAAUAGGUAUCCUAGCAGAUUUGGCUCGACUGCAUACUGAAAGCGCAGAAAACUUAUUUGACAAAGCAACGGAGCUUUACCUUCAGAACGUCUCUGAUCGACUGGUUUGCGUACCUGGACUCCCAGCGAUGCACGAGUGGGAACUUCAGCCCCACUAUGUCCCAUUCGUGGCACCAUUUAUGGUCUCUAUGAUUUCACGGCUCGUAAACUUCAUGAAGCACGUUGAUACACUACUCUGUGGAACGACUUUUGAGAUGGAGCCCACCUCUGCAGCCUCCCUGCUGGCCACAUUUAGCAACCCUAUCAAGUCGUUCUUUAUUGGCCCGCCAGUGGACCUUGUCUCCGCCCACGAGCUCGACCCCAGCUCACCCGUUACGCAGUUUCCUGGACCGCCGGGUUCCGGCUUGUCUUUGCUAUCGUCCGAGAACGCUAAAUUGUACAAAUCAUGGAUUGAACAGCACAUCGAAACAGGAAACGCGAUAUUUCCCGAGUGGACUAACCAGACUGCGGUUCUGGAGCAUCCAGCGAUCCAUUACUUCUUAUCACACGGCGGAUGGAACUCGACCACCGAGGCACUUGUGCGAGGCGUUCCCAUGAUCUUUUGGCCCGUUUCCGCUGAUCAACCCAUCAACGCCAUCCAAAUCGCCGACACUCAUGACUGCGGCUUCGAGCUCCUGCAAGUCCGCGAUGGACCCGCCAAGUCUACGGCAUAUCGAAGAGACACCAGGAUAGAGAUAGUAGGCACCGACGAGGCUGUGCGUGAGGAGAUGAGAAAGGUGAUGGAACUGAGCAAGGGGCCCAGGGGGCAUCAUCAGCGUAGGAACAUUCGGCUCUGGGUCAAGUGA